GAGGGUUCUCCGGGUUCUCCUCGGUGUUCCCCGCUCUGUGUGAAGGCUUCUCCUCUCUGGUUCCCUCCUGCAUGUCUCAGCCUUCUUUACCUGUCUCCAACAUCGGGCCGACACGCAUCCUGCCUCACCUUUACCUGGGCUGCCAGAGGGACGUGCUCAACAAGGACCUGAUGCAGCAGAUCGACGUCGUUUACGUCCUGAACGCCAGCAACUCGUGUCCCAAACCCGACUUCAUCCCCGAGUCUCACUUCCUGCGAGUUCCCGUCAACGACUCGUUCGGCGAGAAGAUCCUGCCGUGGCUCGACCGCUCGCUCGACUUCAUCGAGAAAGCGAAAGCCCGUAACUCCCGGGUUCUGGUUCAUUGUCUCGCUGGGAUCUCUCGCUCCGCCACCAUCGCCAUCGCCUACAUCAUGAAGAGGAGGGACCUGUCUCUGGACGAGGCCUACAGGUUCGUGAAGGAGAAGCGUCCGACCAUCUCCCCGAACUUUAACUUCCUGGGUCAGCUGCUGGACUUUGAGCGGCGGAUAAAGAGAGUUGAUGUGAGGUCUGGAUCGGGGGGUGAGCAGGAGUUAGCCCCGCCCCCCCUCACCCUCCCGUGCACGCUGACCACCCCCCUGCAGGCGCUGCAGCUCAGCGACCCGCCCCCCCGCAUCAAGCGCUCCUUCUCAUUGGACAUCAAGGCGUACGGAGAGCAUGGGGGAGGGGCUGCUCACCGAGGGGGGGACGAGUUCUUCAAACCGUCCGGAUUCAAUAAUCUGGAGGGGAAACCCUGUCAGUUCUCCCCGGUGGAGGAGGUGUCGGAGCAGAGUCCGGAUAAAGAGGAGGUUUCCAGCCGCCCCCCCCACAGAGAGGAGCAGCUUCCUGUUGAAGGGCUGGCACUCAGACCUCCUGCUGGGCCUCACAGUGCAGCAGGGCCUCACAGUGCAGCAGGGCCUCACGGUGCAGCAGGGGGGCCUCACGGUGCAGCGGCGGAGCGUCAGGAUGGGGGACGGAGGACGGGCCUCACGGCGGAGCUGGCACGAGGAGAGCAGCUUCGAGAAACAGCUGAAGAGACGGAGCUGCCACAUGGAGCUGGGGGAGGGGAGGGGGGAGGAGGGGGGAGGAAGAGGAGGAGGAGGAUUCUCUGGCAGCAUGGAGGUCAUUCAGGUGUCCUGAGGAACAUGGAGGUCAUACGAUACGAUACGAUAAUACUUUGACACAAUACAUGAAAAACAAACAUUUAACAUGACAUCAGGAUCACUGAGAGAAGACCUGCUCAAAGAGCCUUUAGCCUGAGGAACCUGGGGGUCCUGAGGAACCUGGGUGUCAUGAGGAACCUGGGGGUCAUACAGGGGUCCUGAGGAACGUGGGGGUCAUACAGGGGUCCUGAGGAACGUGGGGGUCAUACAGGGGUCCUGAGGAACGUGGGGGUCAUGAGGAACCUGGGGGUCAUACAGGAGUCCUGAGGAACCUGGGGGUCAUGAGGAACCUGGGGGUCAUGAGGAACCUGGGGGUCAUACAGGAGUCCUGAGGAACCUGGGGGUCAUACAGGGGUCCUGAGGAACGUGGGGGUCAUACAGGGGUCCUGAGGAACGUGGGGGUCAUACAGGGGUCCUGAGGAACAUGGGGGUCAUACAGGGGUCCUGAGGAGGGAUGUCUUUAAAUCAGGAGAGACUCAGACCCUGAUCAGGAGAGACUCAGACCCCGAUCAGGAGAGACUCAGACCCCGAUCAGGAGAGACUCAGACCCCGAUCAGGAGAGACUCAGACCCCGAUCAGGAGGAACUAUUGAUCAGGAUCUCAGACCCCUGCAGAGACACACCGGACGCUGGAGGAAAAUGUAUUCAAAAAUAAUUAAUAAAUUAAAAAUUUCUAGCAAAAUUAUUUCUGAAAUUAAUUUUUGUCCAAAUAAAUUCCCUUUAAAUCAAUUUAUUAUAAAUAUUAUAUUUUUGAUAUUUGUAAAAUAUGAUAAAGCUGUUUGUUUGUUAGUUGCAGAGAAACGCUGAAGAAAUAACAAUAAUAUAAAGAAUGAAUGUAAAAUAAAAAAUAAGAAAUAGAAAUAGUUUAUAUUACGUCAAACUAAAACAAGAUUUUUUUUGUAUUUCUUUUAUAAAUUUUAUUAUAUUUAAGGAAUAAUAACAAACAUAAAAACACAUCAUUUACUUCUAAUUUCCCCCGAAAAAUUAUAAAAUAUUAAUAUAUAUGUUUUGUAAAAAUGUAAAAGUUGUCCGAUUAAAUAAA